AGAGAGAGAGAGAGGGAGAGCGGGGGAGAGCCUCGUCGCUCGGAGUCUCAUUGCAGCAGUGUUUUUAUUCCAGCCUCAUGUUACGCUUCCAUCACAGCUGGCAUGCUGGUCUCCCCACACGGAUCAGCCAGUGUGAAGUAAGACACCGAGUUUGGAGACUAGAGUUUGAAGACUGAGGAAACGAUGAUCAGUUCCUGACUGGAUGAUGUGGUUUGGGAUUUUACAGUUUGGAUGUCGCAUUGUGGGUGAAAAAUCUACUUGGAUGUUACAUUUCGGAUACUGUGGACUGGGGAAGCAGUAGUCAGUGGUGUCUGGAGUUUGGACAUUGUGGCAUGGAUGGCUUUGUUGAUACAGAUGUACGCAUAAGUCGAACGGCACCGUGGAUGAUACGGGAUCUCCGAUCGAAGACGCACAAGCCGAAUUUACUCUAAAGCAAACACAUUGAGAAGCUUUGGCUUGCUUUUGGAAAGGAUAUGGUGUAGCAUGCUCACUGUGAGUUUGGACGUAGUGCUGUGGGUUAGUAAAAGCGUAUGCAGGAUAUAAACGUGUCUCCUACUCCAGUGUGGAAAAGCAUGGAGACGUGACGCCGCAGCCAUGCUGUGCGGUUUACGGAAAGAAGGCCGCAACGAUGACGGCCCUUAUUCGAAAGGGAAUAAAGACUGUGCAGCCAACGACAGCGGCACGGUCUCAAAGAGGCGCAGCAUUCCAGAUGAGAUUCGAGGGCUGACCACAGUAGAGCUGAUAAAGAGAGAAGGCUCCAGUCUUGGCCUCACCAUCUCUGGAGGAUCGGACAAAGAUGGCAAGCCGCGAGUAUCGAACCUUAGACCAGGAGGCCUGGCAGCCAGGAGCGACCAGCUGAAUGUGGGUGACUACAUAAAGUCCGUGAACGGCAUCAACCUGUCCAAACUGCGGCAUGACGAGAUCAUCAGCAUGCUGAAGAACAUCGGGGAGAGGGUAGUGCUGGAGGUGGAGUACGAGCUGCCUCCUCUCGCUCCCAGCAGUCCGAGCAGCGUCAUCUCCAAAACCAUCGAGGUGUGCUUGGAAAAAGAAGGCAACAGUUUUGGAUUCGUGCUCCGAGGUGGGUUUCAUGAGGACUGGCAUAAGGCUCGUCCUCUAGUAGUGACCUACGUCAGACCUGGAGGCCCUGCAGACAGGGAGGGGACUCUGCAUGUGGGCGAUCGGGUGUUGAGUGUAAACGGUGUGGCUCUAAACCGACGGAAACAUGCCGAUGCUCUCACUCUGCUCAUGCAGAGCAGCCAGGAAGCUUACUUCCUCAUCGAGUACGACAUCACUGUUAUGGACUCAGUGCAACAGUCCUCAGGUCCUCUGCAGGUGGAGAUCACGAAGAGCACCGGCUCUGUGCUGGGACUGAUCCUUACCACUGCCCUCUACAGGAACAAACACGUCAUUACAAUCCAGAAAAUCAAACCUGCCAGUGUUGCUGAGAGGUGUGGCGCUCUGCAUGUAGGCGAUAUUCUCUUGGCUAUAGACGGCAUGAGCACUGAGCACUGCUCUUUACUGGAAGCUCAGCAGCUGCUGGCCAACUCCUCAGAGGUCACCAAACUCGAGAUCCUGCCUUCUUCACACAGCCUACAUGACACGGUGCGUAUCCAGAGGAGCAGCCAGCGCCAGUGGGAUUCUGGUGUGAACUACCUCAGUGCCCCUGCACCCACCCACAGCAAAGCCCCAUCAACCUGGGGCAACACCACCCCUACACACUCCCACUGCACAUCUGUGGCAUCAGGCAGCUCGUCUCAGACCUCAGGCUUUCAGAGUGCUAAGGGCGGAUCUGUGUAUCCGAGCCCGUACCCCUGCAGCACACUGCCCUCGUACCCCUCGAGCCCACGUAGCAGCACCACCAGGAGGAAACCCAGGAGAGCCGAGCACAAGAGCUCACUGUCUCUCUCCAGCACGGUGGGUGUCGGAGGGCAGGUGGUUCAUGUUGAGAAUAAUGAGGUGGUGCUGAGAGGAGACGCGCUCACGGGCUUCGGCCUGCAGCUCCAGGGAGGAGUGUUUGCCACGGAGCCGCUGUCUGCACCCGCCUGCAUCCGGUUCAUAGAGCCAGACUCGCCUGCUGAAAGGUGUGGAGUGCUGCAGGUUGGAGACCGAAUCCUCUCUAUAAAUGGAAUCUCAACCGAUGAUGGAACCCUGGAGGAGGCCAAUCAGCUUCUCCGAGACGCAGCCCUGUCCAAUCAGGUCACGCUAGACGUGGAGUUUGACGUCGCAGAAUCUGUAAUCCCAAGCAGCGGUACGUUCCACGUGAAGCUGCCAAAGAGGCGUGGUGUGGAGGUGGGCCUUACGAUCAGUGCCAGCAAGAAGCCAGGCCGGCCUCUGAUCAUCUCCGAGAUAAAGAGAGGGAGCAUCGCUCACAGAACAGGUACACUGGAGCCUGGUGAUCGAUUGCUGGGCAUAGACAAUGUAAAACUCGAGAACUGUGGAAUUGACGAGGCCAUGGCGGUCCUCCAGCAGGCUGAGGACAUGGUCAGACUGCGCAUUCAGAAAGAUGAGGACAACCUAGAUGAGCUAGAGUCCUCCGGCUCUGUGAUCUUUACUGUAGAGCUAAAGAGACAUGGAGGUCCUCUGGGAAUCACCAUUUCUGGCACCGAGGAGCCCUUUAACCCGAUCCUCAUCUCCAGUCUGACCCGAAACGGUCUCGCACACAGAACCGGGGCUCUUCAUGUUGGUGACCGUGUGUUAGCCAUUAAUCAUGUGAGUCUAAAAGGGAAGCCGCUGAGCGAAGCCAUCCACCUGCUGCAGACUGCUGGAGAUGCCGUGACGCUCAAGAUCAAGAAACGAACUGAGCCUGUGUUUGAGUCAGACUCAGGCAGCCCACUGAGGGCGGGAUCUUGUCUGAGUGACGCUGAAGACGACCGGUCUGAUUCGCUCAGGCGCUGUAAACAUUCUGGUCUUCAUCACCUGGCCACGCCCCCCAGCAUGGACUCAGCCAUGGACUCGUGGGAUGGCUCCGCCCUUGAUGCUGGCUAUGGGAGUCAAGGGGCCUACAUCCAUCGGACAUCCGACCUGACCAUCAACCCUAAUGAGUGGAGACAAACCAAUCAAAAGAGCCCACUGGCCUCCAGAAAACACACCCACCGUGCUGCAGUGCAUGAUGGGAAAUCGGGAGAAGACGACUGGAAAUACCAUGGAUCCGUUAGUCCCAUGCGUUGCCGUGACAACACCGACACUCAGGAGACCUAUUGGUCGCAAGCCCUGCAGGAUUUGGAGACAUGCGGCCAAUCAGAGAUCCUCAGAGAGCUGGAGGCCACCAUGAUGUCGGGCAGCACGUUGAGUUUGGGGGACGAGAGCGAGGUCUGUAAUGACGGCGAAAUCAAACUUCCACCCCUGGAGCUGAAGCAGUGCUGGAACUGCAGCACAGAUACAGAGCUAAAUGACUCGAGCACCAGCGCUAUGCCGUUAGAGCUGCACAAGAUCUGUGUGUUGAAGGAUGAAGACAGCAGGGAUUUUGGCUUCAGUGUCUCUGAUGGUUUGUUGGAGAAAGGUGUGUAUGUGAACAUGAUCCGUCCGGAUGGUCCUGCAGAUCGGGCGGGUUUACAGCCGUAUGACCGCAUCCUUCAGGUGAAUCACGUGCGAACGCGGGACUUUGACUGCUGCUUAGCCGUGCCUCUGAUCGCCGAGUCGGGAGAUCAGCUCCAGCUUGUUAUCAGCAGGAACCCCGUCACUCAGACACCUCGGUGGUCUCCUGAAGACAGUCAGGACUCGUCUGAAGCACUUCCUGUUCUCCCGGUCAAAAGCUCGAAAAAGACCGAAAUCAGGCCCGAGAUGGUGUCAGUGAGCGGCGGCUUAGUCUAGAAGAAAGGAGUCUGUUUCUGUCUUUCUGUCUCUCUCUCUCACUUACACACACACACACACACAAUUUAAACCGCUUUCACACGCCAUCACUUGUAGUUUUUGUUUCCAUGACAACACUUUUUUUUUUUUUUUUUUAUUAAUAAUUGAAGUUGAUCACCAAGUUCACUCUGAACACACUGAACUUAUUGUUUUCUUAUAAGCACAACUCUACACUUUACUCGGUUUGGUCCUGGGUCCAGUUUAGUUUUAGAUUAUUUUCAGUUCCUUCACUGUUUUUAGGUUCUCUCACACACAUCUGCGCACACAAUUUUCUGGUUAUAAUGCAUAUGACGCACAAAGAAAAAGAAAGAGAGAGCAGAUACACACUCACUCACCUUUUGAAUGUUUAGAGAGACCAAUUCCUUAUUAUUAGCGGAUCACUUUUUCCCAAAAAAAGGACAGAUUUUCCUGCCAGAUUCUACACACUGAAUAAUUGUCUUGUUUUUUUAUGUGCAAAUGAUUUAAGGUGCAGCUUUAACGUGUGUAAAAUGAGAUUCUUGUAUAUCUAAUAUCCUGUUUUAAUUUAAAACCUAGAAGUUAGACUGAAAUCUUUGGAAAAUUUUAACGUGUGUGUGUGUUCUGUAAGAGUGUUUUCUCAUGAGGAGCCAAAGCUUCGAUCACAUCUGAUGAUUUUAUACCUGAGUAACGUGUGAUGAGUCUGAUAAAGUCUGAGAUUAGAUUGAAUUGUACUACUUUUAAAAAAGUUGUCAUUGUUUUUACCCACAUUCCUUUUUCUGCUCCGGUCAUUACGUGCCACGUGUGUGAGUGUAAUAACUGAUAACAUCUAGAUGUAAAUGAACGCUUUUAUUAUUGGAUGCAAAAUAACAAUGUUUGCAUAGGAUGUUUUUAACAAAAUAAAGAAAUAUAAGCUAGUGUGUUUUAUUGAUGCUAGGUAUCAGAAAUAAGGCAAGACUGACCAUCAGUUCGAGCUGAAGUGUGAAUGAAAGCAAUACUUAUAAUUUAACAAUAAAUUAUUAAUAAAUUAUCAGUGUAUUAAUAAAUUAUUGAUAAAUUACUAAAAUUAUUUAUAAUGAUUGUAUAACGUUAGUGAGAUUAGCUCCAACAAUUUAUCACAAUGAUUUACAUCAUA